GGACGUCACUUCGAAAUGUCGCAGUAUAUUUAUGAAUGAAUUGAUGUAGAAGUCACUAAUCAUGCAAGUUUGCCGGUGUGAAGAGUACAAAAAACAUGUUCAAAACUUGAAAUUCAACACUGUUGGGACUAUGCAUCAUUUACAUAAACGUUUAGAGGUUCCAGAUGACUACUACUUAAAGUUGAUCAGAAAUAGCGUCCACCACGAAGAUUUGCGUUUUGACAAACCUGCACAGGUCAUGUCUGGAGAACAAGACGGUUCAGAAAAUCUGAAGGAAGAAAAGGCAUUCGAAUCAAAAUGGAUUCCAGUCAUGCCAGGUUUGAUAUCGCAAAGGUUGGUAAACGAAAGCAAAAAUCUCAAGUCACCGUUUUAACCAAGAAAAACCACCAAAUUAUACAAAAACAAAAUUAUGGGUGUAAAAUUUAUCUGCGAGAAGAACUGUGCCCUCACUCUUCAAAAUAAUUGAAAAUGAAAAUUCUGGAGCAAUCAAGUUGAUUAAUUUCGAAAAUAUCUACUUUGUAAGUUAUGCUGGACGAAAAUUAAAGCAAAAGUAAAAAUUUUUGUGUAAAGGUGAGGAUCCAGAAAAUAUAGUUCAAUAUUGGCAAUUU